CCCCGGUCCAAAAAGAAGCUCAAAGUAUGGACUCGGCCUCACAGAAUCCAAGCUCGAGCUAACCCUACCGAUUGGACGCGGGGGUUAAACCCCGCAACCGACCAAAAUCUAAGUAACCUCCGGCUACGGGGGAUCUAGGGUUUCUGAAGGUACCCGCGAGCGAAGGAGAGCGAGGGAGAAAGAAAGAUGUCGAAGAAGAACAAUUUAGCGAAGCGAAAAAAGCAGCACGAGUUCGACAUCCAAAGAGAGAAGGAGGAAAGAGAAAAGAGAGAGAAAAAGCUGCAGGCAAAGAAGUCCAAGAUGAAGGUUGAUGGUAGUGACAUGAAAAGAAAAGGGAAAAAUUCAGGAAGAUUUCAGGUGGGGAAGAAAAAGGUGAAAACCAAAUUGUCAGCUCUGGCAAAAGCAAAAGCAGCCCAAGCAAUGGAGAUUGAUAAACAGUCUUAGUUUUAUGUAUAUGGUUGAAGGUCAUUGGACUGUAGCUUGUUAUGCUAUUGUGACUUGGGACAAUAUAUCGCAUCUAUUUUGAGCCUUAAACACAAUGUUGUAGUUGGAACGGCGCUGUCGGACUUUUCAUUCUCUUCCUUUUGCAAGUGUAGUUUCCACUUGUCAUGCAAGUGGACAGCAUCAAAUUGAAAUCUCAUAUGUUUGCUUGUUGA